AUGAAAAUGACAUUAAAUUAUCAGUGUACUCAUCAUUAUUAUUCAUCAAAGAGUUUAAAUAAGCAUAAAAUGGAACCAUUUGUACAAGUAUUCUUUGCUAUUGACAAAGAUGGAACUGAAACUAUCACAAUAGAUGAAUUGAAAAAGUAUGUUGCUGAUAAUAAUCUUGAUGAAAUGAUGGUUACAAAAUGGAAAUCAUUAUUUGAUGCCAAAAAUACUGGAAAGAUAACGUUUAGUACUUUUUGUGAAGUAUUGGGUUUAAGUCCUGCACAAGCAGUAGCCAUGAAAACACAACAUCAACAAUCAGCUUCUGCGAAACUUCAUCCAGAUGUUGUUGUAAUCUAUGAACAGCUUCCAUUGGAUAAACAAAUUGCUAUCAGUAAUAAAGCAAUUGAAAUCUUAACAUCUCCAAAGAAAUUAGAUGAGAAAGAUCAAGCUGUUCAAUUGAAACAAUGGUUAGAUAACACUUACGGUAAAGCAUGGCAUGUUGUCAUAGUUAAAGGAUCAUUUUGGAGUAGUUAUUCACAUAGUGCUAAUAAGUGUUUUAUAUUUCGUGUACGUGAUGUAUCUUAUCUUAUAUGGAGAACACCAGAUGAAGAAAUAACCAGUACAUAG